AUGUUUGGAACAUUCCGGGAGUCUCUGGUAAAGAUCCGUUUAGCUAUCUUUAAAGCAUGUAUUUUGAGUAGCCUAGACUACGCUAGUGUAAUUUACGACAGUAAAUGGUAUAAAGAAGAUUUAGAUCAAAUCACUAAAUUAGCUGCUCGUAUGACGCCUAAAAAAUUUGAUGGUUCGGCAAUCUCUUUGAUCACCAAACUAAAGCUACCAGAUUUAUCUACACGACUUGUUUGA